UUGCUGGCUUUGUGGGGGAGGCGGAUCGCCGUGUCCAAUGUUUCUCCACAGAGCUGACUCGAACCUUUCUCCUCGAUCAGAUCGGGUCCCUCUGAGAUAGCUAAGAGUCUCUUUUCUUCUCCCGGAGAGGAGCAGGACCAAGGAUGAUCCACACCAUGGAGUGCGCAUCGGACGCGCAGACCCUGAUCUCCAUCUCUCUAAUGAAGAUCCACAACUCCAGGACGCAGAGAGGAGGCAUUAAGCUGCACAAAAACCUGCUGGUCUCCUAUGUGCUGCGGAACGCCAGGCAGGUCUACAUCAAGGAGAAGUAUGCUGAGAUCUACAGGAUGCAGCAGUACGAGGAGGUGAUGACGGUCUGCAACGAGAUCCAGGAGCUCAACCCGCUGGAUCUGGACGCAGAGGACGCGGAGGAUGAGGAGCAGGCGCGGGCUGCUUGCUGCGGCGGAGAGGAGGCGAGUCUGUGUGGGGCUGCGUGCCACAGAGGCGCGGCGCAGCCAGGGGCGCACACCCGGACAGCGAGCGCUCUGCACGGCUGCUGUCCGCUGGAGGAGGACAGCAAGGAUCCGGAGCCGUGCUACUACCGGAGCUGCUGCAUGGAGUCCUCUCCGGUGUCACAGUGUGAGCAGUUCUCCGCGAACAGCUCCGCGUACUGCAACAAAACCACCGUGCUGGACUUGGACACGCAUGUGGUGACCACGGUGGAGAACGGUUACCUCCACCAGGACUGCUGCUGCGACGCGCUCCAGUGCGGACAGAGCGCGCAGUCCCCGGCCAAGAAACGGAAGGUGGAGUUCGGUUGUUGUGUGUCCGACGUGGAGGAGAUUUCGGAUUUUACAGCCGCGCGCAAAAGAGCGAAACGCGAGGACUGCUCCUUCUCCCACCCGGACUACACAGACACUUCACACAUCUCCAACCUCAUCUCCAUCUUCGGAUCGGGGUUUACAGGGCUGCUGAGCAGGCAGGCGGACUUGGAACAGAUCUGUAGCAAGCAGGUCCUGGCCAGUCUGGGCGCGUGGACCAGGGCGAUUGUGGCGUUUUGAAUCUAACACUUUAUUUUAGGGGAGACCGGGUCCAGAGUAACAUGUCUUUUUUCCUCAAAACAAAGUGUCAGUUUUCUGCCGCCAGGUUCUCUAUGGGCACAUUUAUUUCACUUAAAGCAAUACUUGACACUUCUUCACAUCCCUCUUUAAUUUCAUGAAGAAAAACAUGCUAAAACUUUUUGCUGUGAGCGUUCCGACACAUUUUUUUGUCUUUAUCACAAAAAGUUUUCUGAAACCUUUUUUUGAAACGUUCUUUAAAAUGUUCUUUGAAGGUUACAAAAAACAACCCGGAACCCACAGCACUGCUAAAGCACAGCUCCACGUCCUUUAACUUGGAAAAAAGUGGCUCAAAAAUCAGUGUUUUUAGAAAAAAUAUGCAUUGUUGCUAACAUAGUAUCAAAUGUGUGAGGUUAAAACUUGGUAAGACAAGUUGUAUUUACUUGUUUUGUUUCUUUUGACUUCAUAAUUGAACAUUUUUAAUUUUUUAAACUCUUUAAAUGAAAUCUUAACAAUUCGCUUAAAUUGGUUUCAGCGAAUGUUACAUCUGACCUCUGGUGGCCAAAAGAGGAGAAAGAUGUCUCAAGCACACUUUGGUGUUUCAAAGUAAUGAUCAAUGACACGUGUGAGUUUUGUUGUCUCAGAUCACCUGGUGACAUCACUCCCAUCUCACUGCCUGAAAAAUGAAGCGUCACAUCUGACCCCAGUCUCCCCUACUAGGUUUUAAAUCAACUUUAUUUUUGCAGGAAAAGUAAAAAAAGAUAUUUAAAUGAGCGUUUUAAAGACAGUAGUUUGUCAGGGAGAGGAAAGACUUUGUGCCAUAUGAACACUCACAGUUCUCCUGAUGAAAUGGACUUCUGUUGCCUUAAAUCUGAUGCACAUUACUGCGAGCUAAAGUGAAAGUGACUGAAUGUGUCUCCUGUCCUGGGAAGAUCAGCUCUGGUUUGAAACGGACAUCUUUGCACAUUUUGAGCAGUUUGUUGUCAUGUGAAAACACACGUUAAAGACUCCCUCCUGAAACACUUUAAAAGGUACAUGAACUGAAGCAGCUCACAUCACUUAAAGAGUGCCAACACUUCACUUCUGUAACACUUUCCGGGCUCUUCUUUUCACCUGUGUGACAGUAAAACAGUUUCAAACCCUCCUCUCUAAAUCAUGGUUGCUCGAAGCCUUCACGGUGAUUCAUGAAUCCGACACGUCUGGGUUUUGUGAGGUUUUGUUUUUGAUUUGUUUUGUAAAAGAAUGAUUUGAGUCCUUUUGUUUUAAAAAGGCAAACUCCUGAUUUUAGCCAUAACCCCCGAGAGUCCACUCAUUAGCUUUAUGAGCACUGUGUACCAAAAUAAAGAGAGUAUUCAGCCAUUCUCAACAUUAUUUUGUUGUUAUUCUUGUAUUUUUGUGCUUACUAAAUUGUAUAUCACCGGGUAAAACUGUUCCAGAAAAUAUUUGUUAAAAAUUUAUAAUCUUAAUAAAAAAUGGAAAUCUUUA